AUGAAGCAACAUAUAACCUUUAAGAAGUUUAUUAUAUACACAAUUACACUUGUGUAUUUCAUACUAUUAUUAAAAACUGGUAAGAUACAAUUUAAUACUAUACCAUAUGCAGAAUUACUUCAUAGGAAUUCAAGAACUUUAGCAUCUGCUAUGCAGCAUUCAUUGAGAGGUGAUUUUGUAACACAAAGAUCUACAUGUUUUAGAACAGAAAAAGAAAGAAAACAAAAAGCACUAAAUCUUAUAAAAAAUGAAAAUAAUGCUGAAGGUUAUUUUAAUAAUUUAAACUUUAAUCUAGAAUAUACAGAAGAAUUAAAUGAACAAAUUACAUCCUUAGAUCCAAAAACGUCAAUACAAGAAUUAACCAAUAUAUUUAAUGAUUUAAAUGAAAAUCGCAAAAAAAAUUUUCAUUAUCUGAUAGAAGCUUUAGAAAAUGUAUCCUUAAUAUUGGCACAUCAAAAUGAUAUACCAGAAAAACACCGAAAGUCAACAUGGUGUAAAAUUAAACAUGAUCUUCAAUGUGAUUUCAUAAAAGAACAUCCAAAUAUACAUUCAAAUUUUGAUGUAUUUAUUAGAAAAAUCCAAUCCAUUGACGAAUUUAUAUCCUAUAUAAAAGAAUGCAUACACUCAUGGAAUAAUUUCACUAAUGAAAAGAAAUUACAGUACUUUCCAAAAGUAUAUGAAACUUAUCAAUCUGAUAAAAUAUGCAAAGAAAAUAACUACAAAAAGAUAAAUAACAAAACAGAAUGUAACCCAAAAGAAAGUAUAAAAAACGAAAGCAUACCAAAAGAAUGUAUCCCAAAUGAAAAUAUGAAAAAAGAAUGCGUCCCAAAUGGAUGUAUGAAAAAACAAUGCGUCCCAAAAGAAUGUAUGAAAAAAGAAUGCGUCACAAAUGGACAUAUGAAAAAACAAUGUGUCCCAAACGAAUGUAUGAAAAAACAAUGCGUCCCAAAAGAAUGUAUGAAAAAAGAAUGCGUCCCAAAUGGAUGUAUGAAAAAAGAAUGCACACCAAAUAAAAAUGAUAAAAAUGUAAAUAGGACUGAUAUAAAUAACCAAAAUAAAACUAACGAAAAACUGUGUGAUAAAAAAGAAAAAAAAAGAUUACCAAGCAAAUAA